AUGUCAGGGACACAGCAGGGACAUCAGAGGGACAAUGUCCAACUGGACACCGUGGGGCCCAUCUGGAACCUGCGCGGGGUCAUCAGCAACGCCUGGCACCGCGUCCCCGUCACCGUCACCAAACUGAAGGAGCAGGGGUGGCACUCAGGGCUCUCCUGGAGACUGAGCCCACCUUGUCCUCGGUGCCCUGGGAGGUUUCUCCACCCCAUCCCGCGUGACCCUCGCCGUUCCCCGCAGGCCCCGCACUGCGAGCACGCCUUCUGCAAUGCCUGCAUCACGCAGUGGUUCUCGCAGCAGCAGACGUGCCCCGUGGACCGCAGCGUGGUGACGGUGGCCCACCUGCGCCCGGUGCCGCGGAUCAUGCGGAACAUGCUCUCCAAGCUGCAGAUCACCUGCGACAACGCCGUCUUCGGCUGCACGGCCGUGGUGCGCCUCGACAACCUCAUGGCUCACCUCAACGACUGCGAGCACAACCAGCGCCCCGUCACCUGCGAGCAGGGAUGCGGGUUGGAGAUGCCCAAGGACGAGCUGCCCAACCACAACUGCAUCAUACACCUGCGCUCGGUGGUGCAGCAGCAGCAGACGAGGAUUGCAGAGCUGGAGAAAACCUCGGCCGAGCACAAGCACCAGCUGGCAGAGGCAGGUGGGCAGCAGCACCUGCAAGGGCAGAAAAGGGACAUCCAGCUGCUCAAGGCCUACAUGAGGGCGAUCCGCAGCGUCAACCCCAACCUGCAGAACCUGGAGGAGACCAUCGAGUACAACGAGAUCCUGGAGUGGGUGAACUCCCUGCAGCCGGCGCGGGUGACGCGCUGGGGCGGCAUGAUCUCCACGCCCGACGCCGUCCUUCAGGCCGUCAUCAAGCGCUCGCUGGUGGAGAGCGGCUGCCCGGCCUCCAUCACCAACGAGCUCAUCGAGAACGCCCACGAGCGCAACUGGCCCCAGGGGCUGGCCACGCUGGAGACCAGGCAGAUGAACCGCAGAUACUACGAGAACUACGUGGCCAAACGCAUCCCCGGCAAGCAGGCCGUGGUGGUGAUGGCCUGCGAGAACCAGCACAUGGGAGAGGACAUGGUGCUGGAGCCGGGGCUCGUCAUGAUUUUCGCUCACGGAGUGGAGGAGAUAUGAGAGGAGUUGGCCUAAGGGUGGAGAGGAGGGGGUUGGUGGAGGAGAUGUGGGGGGAAAAUCCAGCUUGGGACAAUGGGGGUGUUGUGGAGUUGGGUUUUUUGUUCGUGGUGUGGAGGAGAUAUGAGAGAAAUUCACCUAGGGUUUUCUGGAGUUGGGAUUUUGGGGUUGUGAUUUUUGGUCAGGAUGUAGAGAUCCAAAAAAAUCCGACUCGGGACAGUGGGGGUUCCCUGGACUUGGGUUUUUGGGGUUGUGAUUUUUGCUCACAGAGUGGAAGACAUCUGAGAAAAAUCCAACUCUGGGAUGGCAGGGAUUUCCUGGAGUUGGGAUUUUGGGUUGUGAUUUUUGCUCAUGGCAUGGAGAUCCAAAAGAAAUCCAACUCGGGACAGUGGGGGUUUCCUGGAGUUGGAAUUUUUGCUCAUGGCGUGGAAAUCUGAGAAAAAUCCACUUUGGGAUGGCAGGGGUUUCCUGGACUUUUAGGGUUUUCGUGAUUUUCACUCAUGCCAUGGAGGAGAUCUGAGAAAAAUCCACCUUGGGAUGGCAGGGGUUUUCUGGAGUUGGGAUUUUGGGGUUGUGAUUUUUGGUCAUGACGUAGAGAUCCAAAAAAAUCCGACUCGGGACAGUGGGGGUUCCCUGGAGUUGGGAUUUUGGGGUUGUGAUUUUUGGUCACAGCGUGGAGAUCUGACAAAAAUCCAACUCAGGACAGUGGGGGUUCCCUGGAUUUGGGUUUUUGGGGUUGUGAUUUUUGCUCAUGAUGAGAAGAUCUGAAAAAAAAAAAAAAAAAAUCAACGGUUCCACCACCUCAGGAUAGUGGGGGCUCCUUGAACUUUGGUUUUUAGGGUUUGUGAUUUUCCCUCACAGCUUGAAAAUCUGGAGAUCUGAAAAAAUCCGACUCAGGACAGCGGGGGUUCCCUGGACUCAGAAUUUUGGGGUUCCCUGGACUCAGAAUUUUGGGGUUCUCUGGACUCGGAAUUUUGGGGUUCCCUGGACUCAGAUUUUUUGGGGUUCCCUGGAUUCGGAUUUUUUGGGGUUCUCUGGACUCGGAAUUUGGUGUUCCCUGGACUCGGAUUUUUUUGGGGUUCCCUGGACUCGGAAUUUUGGGGUUCUCUGGACUCGGAAUUUUGGGGUUCCCUGGACUCAGAAUUUUUGGGGUUCCCUGAAUUCGGAUUUUUGGGGUUCCCUGGGCUCGGAAUUUUGGGGUUCCCUGGACUCGGAUUUUUGGGAUUCCCUGGACUCGGAUUUUUUGGGGUUCUCUGGACUUGGAAUUUUUGGGGUUCCCCGGAUUCGGAUUUAUGGGGUUCCCUGGACUCGGAAUUUUGGGGUUCCCUGGACUCAGAAUUUUGGGGUUCCCUGGAUUCGGAUUUUUUGGGGUUCCCUGGACUCGGAUUUUUGGGGUUCCCUGGACUCGGAUUUUUGGGUUUCCCUGGACUUGGAAUUUCGGGGUUCCCUGGAUUCGGAAUUUUGGGGUUCCCUGGACUCGGAAUUUUUGGGGUUCUCUGGACUUGGAGUUUUUGGGGUUCCCCGGAUUCGGAUUUAUGGGGUUCCCUGGACUCGGAAUUUUGGGCUUCCCUGGACUCGGAUUUUUGGGGUUCCCUUCUGGAUUGGACCCAUUCCAAACCCAGCUCAGCUCACCCUGUUCCAAGAGGGGGCUCCAGACCCCUCGGGGGUCCCCCAGACCCCUCAAGCUCCAUCUCCUCUCUGCAGUUUCCACCUGGCCAGGUGUCCCCAAAGGGCGCUCCCGGUGUCCCCAGCCCUGCAGUGGGGGCUCCUCGGCCCUGGGGACCCCUCCUGUCCCCUUCUUUUCGUGCAUGCCCCAUCCCCUGACCCCGGGAGCAUCUCCCACCUCCUCCCAAUCCGUGUUUGCCUCUGCUCUCUCCACCCUUGGUGUUAUUUUUCCAGACAUUCGUGAUUGUGGUUCUGUAUUUUUAAUUUUUUUUUUUUUUUUUGUACUUCAUUCUUUUUUCUUUUUUUUUUUUUUUUGACCUUUUCUUAUUUUUACUCUCCCUUUUUAUUUGAUUUUCCAAGUAACCGUGGGCAGGCACCUCUGGCCUGGGUCCGUGGGACUCGUUGGGAAUUUAAUUUAAUUUAUUUGCAUUUAUUUCAAUUUUUUUUUUUUUUUUACCAUUGUUUCUCCUCCCGGCAGAUCCGGCAGGAGGCAGGGAUUGAAGUGAUCAAUAAACAGAAUUCUGGUUGCUUUA